UGGGGAUAGCUGUGGCGAGCUAUGGCACUUGCAAUGAGGAUGGUUAUGGGGACAGCUAGAGGUAGGGCAAUGGGGACGGCUAUGGGGGCGGCUGUUGGGGGAUGGCUAGGAGACAGCUAUGGGGACGACAAUGGCGACAGCUAUGGCAGCGGCUGUUGGGGGAUGGCUAAUGGGAGGGCUAUGGGGAUGGCUGGACUGCUGUUGGGGGAUGGUUGUUGGGGAUGAGUAUGGGAGUGGCUAUGGGAGUGGGUAUGGGCGUGGCCAUGGGAGUGGCAAUGGCUAUGAGGCUGGCUAUAAGCUAGUUACAACGUUGGCUAUGGGGCUGGCUAUGGGGGUGGCUAUAGGGCUGGCUAUGGCCACAAACAAGACGGACACCGUGGCGAAGGGACAUUCUGCACCGGUGAAAAAAACAGGACCAUAAACAAGUAAUACUAAAUACUAAACUAAAGAAAUUAAAAGCAAAACAGACGUGUGAAAAUGCAACAAGUCAAAAAACAUUGUCGAUAGAAAGUCAGGCAAAAUCACAUCUAGAAAAAUGAACGGAAGAUUACAAA